UCUCUGACCCUCGCUCGUCCUGUUGUCUCUCGGAGCCGUCCCACUUUCCAGGAAUCGAUCCGGUGGACGUACAUUCGAUCAUCCACGUGGCUCUGUGAUUGAUUUCUGCUCCGACAGGAAGUUGCUCUCGGAGCCGUUCCCUGCGUCCUGUUGAAGAGCUGAACCCCCGGCUGCUGUCGGUCACGAUGACCUCGUGCUCGUCAGAUAAAGACAAUCGACUGAUAGAGACGAACACAGUAGUAAUCAGCGACAGAACAACCCGACGUGAGCUGGAGGAGGGAGAGAGAGCAGGUCACUGUGGUGCGACUGGGAGAUGUGGAAUCUGUCAACGUGUCGUGUUGCUGACCAGGAUGGCGGGGAUGAAGGAGCAGCAGUUCACGGAGGAGAAGCCCCUGCUGCCGGAGCAGAGAGGAGCGGACUCAGACCUGACACAGCAGGAUAAAGGGGAUGAGGCCUCGGGGGGGCUCCCCUGCCCCGCCAGCCCCGCGCCCCUUAACCACCCCUCUCCCCCCAGCCGCCCCACUCACCGUUGGCAUGUCAUCGCACGGCACUGGCUCCUCCAGACCCGCCGUCGGACCAGCGGGGUCAUCCCGGAAAGCUGUGACCAGCUGAUGCCUGCAGGCGAUUGGAAGGAACAUGAUGUCGAGACUCCUUAUGGGAUGCUGCAUGUGGUUAUCCGCGGUGCGCCCAAAGGGAACAAGCCUGCGAUCCUCACCUACCACGAUGUGGGGCUGAACCACAAACUGUGCUUCAACUCCUUCUUCAACAACGAGGACAUGCAGGAGAUCACCAAGCACUUUGUGGUCUGUCACGUGGACGCCCCGGGGCAGCAGGUCGGAGCGUCUCAGAUGCCCCAGGGGUACCUGUAUCCCACCAUGGACCAGUUGGCCGGGAUGUUGCCGACUGUGGUGCAGCACUUUGGAUUUAAGAGCAUCGUUGGGAUCGGAGUUGGAGCCGGAGCUUACGUUCUGGCCAAGUUCGCUCUGAUCUUCCCCGACCUGGUGGAGGGUUUGGUUCUGCUCAACAUCGACCCCAAUGGCAAAGGAUGGAUCGACUGGGCCACCACCAAGGUGCUCGCCUCUCACAGCUCACGGAUCAAGCCCGACCGUUCGAUUCCUCAUGGUAAUAAUCUCCCUGUUGUCUCUCCUCAGCUGUCAGGUCUGACCAGCGCGCUGCCGGAUGUGGUGCUGCCACAUCUCUUCAGUCAGGAGGAGCUGAUGAACAACACAGAGCUGGUGCAGAGCUACCGACAACAGAUCAACAACACAGUCAACCUGUUCAACCUGCAGCUCUUCUGGAACAUGUACAACAGUCGCAGGGACCUGGAGAUGAAUCGCAGCGGGACGGUGAUCAACGCCAAGACCCUGAAGUGUCCCACGAUGCUGGUGGUAGGAGACAACGCUCCGGCUGAGGAAGGAGUGGUUGAGUGCAACUCCAAACUGGAUCCGACCAACACCACCUUCCUGAAGAUGGCCGAUUCUGGUGGACUCCCCCAGCUCACACAGCCUGGAAAGCUGACCGAAGCCUUCAAGUACUUCCUGCAGGGAAUGGGCUACAUCGCUUAUGUGAAGGAUCGGAGGUUGAGUGGAGGGCCAGUGCCCUCCGCCAGUAUGACCCGCCUGGUGCGCUCCAGGACGGCCUCCCUGACCAGCGCCAGCUCCAUCGACGGGUCGCGCUCUCGGGCCUGCACCCACUCCGACAGCACCGAGGGGGUGGGCCCGGUCACCCACACCAUGGAGGUGUCCUGCUGAAGGGCCGUGGAAGGAGGGAGGGAGGGGGGGGGAGGGGUGGAGAGAGGAGGGGAGGUGGGGGAGAUGGGGAGGUGUUGUUUUUAGAUGUGAAGGAGACAGAAUUGAGACAGCUCUCUCUGUCGGCCAUCUUCUCCCCCCCAACCCCACUGUAUAAUAUCGUAUGUAUUACUACUAACCCCCCCCCCCACACACACCUUAUGAAUAUCCACUUCAACUCCCCCCUCGCGUUUCCCAUCACAAUAUGGGCAACUGUUUUUGUUCUUGUGUUUGCUAAUUGUCUCCUCAUUCGUUGCCUGCGUCCCUUCUAGCCGCGCCCCCCACCCCCCCACCCCCCCCUGCCUGUCAACAGUCAACAAAGCAUCAUGUGACCUGGAGCUGCUGUUCACAAUGUGGUGUGAGUACGUGAAAGUGAGGGAUGAGGAGGAGGAGUUAUCUUUUCAGGGAGUUGACAAAGAAAGAGUUUCGAGCAAUAUAUGUUGUUGUUGUUGUUGUUGUUGUUGCUGUUUUACAGAAGUGUGAGUUUCUCUCUCUGUGUUGUGUAUCUCUCUCCACGUGACAGGUGAGCAUAAGGGGGGGGGGGGGGGCGUGUCCAGAGUGUGACAGACGGCAGAGCGCAGCCAAUCGUAGUCCAGUGCACCUGUAGUUCUUAGAGGAGAUAAAUUAGCCUGAGUAGCUUCACACACUGAUUUCCAGCUGCAUGUGGUCAGAUUUCAUAUCAUACAAUUGUAAAGUUGUGUUAGAAUAUGAAGCGUGUGAGUGUUUCCACACGUGUGAUACAGGUGUACGACUGACAUGGAGGAAAUGGACGGACCUAUUUAAUCUUCGUAAACACUUUACGUAUUACAAAUAUAGAUUUAGAGAAUAAUCGUGUUUGAUAAGUUUGUUCUGGAACUUCUUCUUAUGUCGUGACAGGAAACCACAAGUCGUACAUUUCACCACCAGGCAGCUCAGCUAACGUCCACCUGACAAUCUGUGAACUGCUUCCAUUCCAAUGAAUUAUAAAUAUGAAUAUUCAGUCUAAUGUAUGUUUGAUAUUAAAUUACAAAGUGGGACCAUCACAUAGAAGUUAAUCUUAUUCACACUAAUUGGAACAUGACACAUUCUGAUAAUUUUACAACUCAAUUUUAACGUUUUUACUGGAUUAGUGUUGUGUUGUCGAGUGCAGCUUUAAGAUGUGUGUCAUCAUUUCUUAGAAAGUCCACUACAUGAGUGUAGAAUAGAAUAACUAUUAAUGAACAUGUAUAUGCAUGUGAAUGUGACAUCGUGGGGCAGUCUAGUAUCUGAGUAGUAGCAGCUUUAGUGCAGCGUCUUCCAUCAGCACCAAGUCAAGUAGAGUCAUGAACCAUCAUCAGUGUGUGAGUGUUUCUGUGUCCAAACAGAAACUACACGGAGCUGGACUCUGAAAGGGAACGCAGCCAAAGAGGAAACAUCACAUACAAGCUUUCAUAGAAUUCACCAGUAGGAGUGUCUCUGUGCUUAGCGUGUUGUGCAGUACAUGUGUGUAGAUCUAGUGAAGCCGUGCGGUGCUGUCUGUUUUAACACUGGACCCCCUCGUCCGUGGCGUUCAGAGUUGGCGUCCCCAGGUAACGUCUGUGUUCAUGUCCCCCCCCCCCCCCCUGUCCCCUUCAACUGUUUCCCCUUUUACCAAAACACCCUUUGGUCCCCUGUCAGAAAGGGGGCGGAGCCUCCAAUCGCUGAGGUGCGCGCUUGCCUGAGGCGGCCUGUAAGGGGCGGGGCUUUUUUGGAGCCAUUUGGGCGCCAAGUUCGGAAUGUAGGGCAACCCCCAGCCGACGACCCCUCCCACACCCCCCAACUGCCAAAAAACCCAAUUCACAAGGUGCCCCGCCUCUCACAGGCAAGCCGGCCGCCACCAUAAAGGGCUAUCAGCUGAAGUCACUUUCUAAAGUAGCGCUGGUGUUUGUGCUGUUUCCGUGCACCAGGGGGCGCCAGAGAUGUGGAGGAGAGUUUGUUCCCACAACACAGAGAGAGAGAGAGAGAGAGAGAGAGAGGGAGAGAGAGAGAGAGAGAGAGAGAGAUUCUGUAGAACAGGAUGAAUGUCAAAGAGAAAGAAUGUGAUUUUUAUUUUUUUGUCGAAGCGUGAAACUGAAAAAUGUGGAACGGAGAUGAUAAUGAAGAUGAGGAUGAAGAUGAAGAUGAUGAUGAGGAUGAAGAUGAUGAUGAUGAUGAUGAUGAUAAUGAUAAUGGGAGGAUACUGGUCUGAUUAAAACAGUCAUUCCUCAUUUCACCAACACUGAAGUUUGCAUGUAGCGCAGUUUGUAAAUGGUAAUAGUUUGAAUAUUUUCUACCAUCUAACUCAGCUUAUAUUCAAUCUGCAUGGGGGGGGGGGGGGGGGGGCUCCUGAAUGUACUUUGUCCCCUUAAUGAAGUGCUGUACAGUAUUGUCCUCUUCCCCCCCCACAUCUUUGACCCUUGACCCUGUACAUGAAAACCCUGCUCCUCCUAAACGUCUCCACGUAGUCACGUACUGCUUCGCGCUUUAUUUUGAAAGUCCUCACCGCCUGUAAGCUGUUUCUGGAUCAGUUUGUGUCGACCUCAGUCCUCCUUGCACUUGUAGAUACUUUUAUUUAGAGAGCAGGUCACCUGAGCCGGACGCUUUAACUCUUAACGCAACUGUAUCGUGAACAUCGACUUCGAUUCCGUUCCUCUUCCCUCGGAGUUCCUCUUUUUCAAACAUAGGAUGUAACCUCAUCUUGAUAUAAUGAUAUUGGUUCUCGUGUACUGCUUCUUUUCUUCUUACUAACAUUAUGAUGAUUUGUAUAGAGCAAUAAGUUCUGUUUCUGUUCCUCGUCUGGAUUGUGUUUCAUAUUGGGCGGGAGGGGGGGUCUUCCCUGUGGGCUUGUUUCUAUCGGGAGGGGAAGCGCUGCGUUGUUGUCAUUAAGUACCGUUAAGUUUAAAUAUAUAUUAAUACAUAUACAAGGUAAACUGUCUCUGUCUAUGUACUGAUCAAGUAACAAGUGAAAAAUAAAGACUUGAUGUCAGAAUUUGA